UCUUGCCUUGCGAGCUUCGGGGAGCUCCUGGUUGGCCAAGGCGCGCGGGCGGGAGCGCGCGCCACUGAAGGGGAGCAGCAGCAGAGGAGGAGGAGGAGGGAGAGAGAGGCACUGCCCGGGUGGCUCCGAGGAGAGAUGCUGCACGCCCGGCAUCUGGCCGGAGGAGGGUAGCAGCAGCCCUCGCCAUCCCUUUCCCUGCCCAGGCUUGCUGCUCCUGCUGGAAGAAGAAGAGGAGGAAGAGGAGGAGGAGGAGGAGGAGGAGGACCAGCCAUGCCAAGCCCUUUCCCUGGCAUGGAGCCUCGGGUGCCCCUGGAGUGAGGCAGGCAGGGCUCAGGCGGCUGCAUGGAUGGAUGUGUUUAGCUUUGUCAAGAUUGCCAAGCUUUCCGGCCACAGGACCAAGUCUUCAGGCUGGCCUCCUCCUUCAGGAUCCUGGGCAUUGAACCAGGGCUCUUCCUAUCAAUGGGAGAUGACAGCAAACAGAGAUGGGAGAGAUUACUUCAUCAAUCACAUGACACAGUCUGCUUCUUUUGACGAUCCACGGAUAGACAGCUGCCAAAUCACACCUCCAGCCCCUCGGAAAGUGGAAAUGCGGAGAGAUCCAGUGCUGGGAUUUGGUUUUGUGGCUGGUAGUGAAAAACCUGUGGUGGUGCGCUCAGUAACGCCAGGGGGUCCGUCUGAAGGAAAACUGAUACCAGGAGAUCAGAUCAUAAUGAUUAAUGAUGAGCCAGUCAACACUGCUCCAAGGGAAAGAGUCAUUGACCUUGUCAGGAGCUGCAAAGAAUCCAUCCUCCUUACUGUUAUUCAGCCUUACCCUUCUCCUAAAUCAGCGUUUAUCAGUGCUGCAAAAAAGGCCAGGUUGAAGUCCAAUCCUGUUAAAGUGCGAUUCUCAGAAGAGGUCAUUAUUAAUGGCCAGGUUUCAGAAACAGUAAAAGAUAACUCACUUCUUUUCAUGCCAAAUGUUCUGAAGGUAUAUCUUGAAAAUGGGCAAACCAAAUCUUUUCGCUUUGAUGGCAGUACAUCAAUAAAGGAUGUCAUCUUAACACUUCAAGAAAAGCUGUCAAUUAAGUGUAUUGAACACUUUUCCCUGAUGCUGGAGCAGAAGACUGAAGGGUCUGGAACCAAACUUCUCUUGCUACACGAACAGGAGACUCUAACUCAGGUGACCCAGAGGCCAAGUUCCCAUAAGAUGAGAUGUCUCUUCAGAAUCAGUUUUGUCCCAAAGGAUCCCAUUGAUCUUUUACGAAGGGAUGCAGUUGCCUUUGAAUACCUAUAUGUACAGAGCUGUAAUGAUGUGGUUCAGGAAAGGUUUGGACCUGAGCUCAAGUAUGACAUUGCACUGAGGCUGGCUGCAUUACAAAUGUACAUUGCAACUGUGACUACAAAACAUACGCAGAAAAUCUCUCUCAAAUACAUUGAGAAAGAAUGGGGACUGGAGACUUUUCUUCCAUCUGCUGUACUGCAGAGCAUGAAAGAAAAGAACAUAAAGAAAGCACUUUCGCAUCUUGUCAAAGCAAAUCAAAACCUAGUUCCUCCAGGUAAAAAGCUAUCUGCUCUGCAAGCCAAGGUUCACUAUCUAAAAUUUCUCAGUGAUUUACGUCUAUAUGGAGGCCGUGUAUUCAAAGCAACACUACUGCAGGGAGAAAAGCGUUCUGAGGUGACAUUGUUAGUAGGACCACGGUAUGGCAUCAGCCAUGUAAUAAACACUAAAACUAACCUGGUGGCCCUUCUGGCAGAUUUCAGCCAUGUGAACAGAAUCGAGAUGUUUACAGAAGAUGAAACAUUUGUUAGAGUUGAGCUUCAUGUACUAGAUGUAAAACCAAUCACUUUACUGAUGGAAUCAUCAGAUGCCAUGAAUCUUGCCUGUUUAACAGCUGGUUACUAUAGACUUCUAGUUGAUUCCAGACGUUCAAUAUUUAACAUGGCCAGCAAGAAAAAUGGUGGAAAUGGCCGUGAAGCAGGGACUGAAAUGAAGGGGAAGCAUAAUCUCCAUGGCUCUGAGUGGAACUGUGUGGCAAAAACUACUACCUUCCCAGCAGAGGGAGAACAGGAAACCCACAUGUUUGUAGACUCAAAACAGAAAACUGUAGAUGCCUCUGAUAGCACCUUAUGUCCAAAAGAGCACAGGCACCUAUACAUAGAGAAUGUUUAUGGUUCUAGUGGACUUGAUCAGCAGCUGGCCAAACAAACUGACUCCAUGGAGGCAGAAGACAACCGAAAUUUGAGUGAGCAAUCUGUACUGUCAUACUCAGGAGGACUGGAAUUGAACAAGAAAACACAAGGGUCUCCAAGAGCUGCAAAAGUAUCCUUUAUAUUUGGAGAUCACAGUUUGGAUGGUAUUAACCCCCAAACACUUGGCUAUGAAAGACUAUUGGAUGACAGUCCAGAAGCAUUAGAUAAGCAAAGAGCUCUUUAUAUAAGCCAUGCCAAUGACAUUAAGGGCUUGGAGUUGUCCCCAGAUGCUGAAAGCAUUCAGUUUGCUACUAAUUCUGUGUAUGCAGGCUUAAAUGAUGGCAAAAUAUUUGGAGCUGCAGAAGGAAUUGAAGAGCCUUUGUUACAUGAUAUUUGUUAUGCAGAAAAUACAGAUGAUGCUGAGGAUGAAGAUGAAGUAAGCUGUGAGGAGGACAUUAUGGUGGGAGAAAUCAAUAGACCUACUCUUCUAAGCCUUUCAGGUUCUAGUGAUGACAUCAUAGAUUUGACAUCCCUCCCACCACCAGAAGGUGAUGAUAAUGAAGAUGACUUCCUCUUGCACUCUCUAAACAUGGCCAUUGCUGCUCCUCCACCUGGGUUCAGAGAUAGCUCUGAUGAGGAAGAUUCUCAGAAUCACGUGUUACAGUAUAGAGAAGACAAGGAAGAAUCCAAUAACCUAGAGAGUGGGGAUAUUCCAGUGUCACUGAUAGAUGCUGUCCCUACUAAUACUGAAGGAAAAGGUGAAAAGGGGCUAGAUGAUGCUGUGGUCUCUACUCUCCAAGCACUGGAGGCUUUGGCUGCUUCUGAGGAGCAACAGACAAAUGACAAUUCAGGUGUAGCCAUCAUGAGAGCUUAUAGCCCUGAAUCAUCAUCAGAUUCUGGCAAUGAGACUAACUCUUCUGAAAUGACUGAAAGUUCCGAAUUGGCCACAGCACAGAAACUGACUGAAAAUGCCACGCGUUUGUUUUUGCCCACUAAUGAAAAUUACCAACCCCUUGUGGAACCACAGUCGGAAUUCUCUGUCUCCAAGAAUCAGGCUGGAGGGUUGCUAAUGAAAUCCUUACAAUCAUCAGCUAAUCAGCAAGUUACGGAGCUCCAGUCAAAAGUUGUGCCUUCAAAGCAGAUUCUUCAUUCUGAUAACAUGGAGAUGGAACCAGAAACCAUGGAAACCAAAUCUGUUACUGAGUAUUUUAGCAAGCUGCACAUGGGGUCGGCAGUAUAUUCUUGCACUACUAAACGGAAAAAUAAGUUGAAUGAUGGGGAAGGGAAAGUAACUCCUGAAAGCACAGUUGUGAAAAAACAGCAGGGGGUUAAAAAAACAGAAACUGAUGAGCAAAAGGGUAAAGCCAGUACUCUCUCUUCAAAGGAGAGUCAACGCAUAAGCACUUUCAAUGUGGAGAGAACUGCCUUUCGCAGGGAUGGCCAAAGGUGGUAUGCUGCUUCAGAUGAAGGAGCAGUAGAGAAACCAAAUUCAGAAGUGAUGAAUGGAAAGACAGUUUCCAGAGUUUCUAGUCUUGGGAAAACAGAAAUGGACUGUAAAGAUGAAACACAUCCUGAGGUUGACCACAGUGGGAUUUUGGGGCGUGGGCCAGAUGAACAUUUUGUCUCUGAGGUGACUACACGCCCUUCACCUAAAGAGCAAAAUGACUCUGAAGAUGCCAAUUUGUCUGUGGAUGAUCAUCGUCUCUCAAAGCUUCCAGAAACAGAGCAGGGUAUGACUAGAUUAUGUGAGUAUCACUUAGCUAAGCGCAUGUCAUCCUUGCAAAGUGAAGGCCAUUUCUCCCUGCAAAGUUCUCAGUGCUCUUCAGUAGAUGCAGGAUGCAGCACAGGCAGCAGCAGCACAUGUGGGACUCCAGUAGAAUCUCCUCUUUGUACCUCUGACGUAAAGCACAUGAUGCCUGACUCCACAGGGAAAGGCAUUAAUUAUCUCUCUGCAGAUGAAAGAGUUGCCAUGCUUCCCAACCAUGGAGCAACAUACAAAGAUCUGCAUCAGCAGUCUGAAACUGUGUGCCACAGAAUGACCGUGCCUGUUAUGCAUUCUGCAGUUAAUGCUGCUGAUCCUUUAUUUGGCACUUUGAGAGAUGGAUGUCACAGGAUUCCCAAGAUUAAAGAAACUACAGCUUUUACAGAACCUGUGACUGGAAGACAAGGAGGCAUGCCUUCAGCUUUUCCUAAACAGCCCUGUGCUGAGUCCAUCAUGCUAUCAUCCCACAUUCACUCUGAAUCAAAGGUGCCAAGUCAAAACAAAGACUCUUUUGAUGCUCCCAAAGUCAACCGAUCAAGUGGGGUAACAGUUAGUUUAUGGCCAUAUGAUAUGAUGGGAGGAAGUCUCAGAAUGACACACAAUAGAAAGAUUUUACGACGUAGCAGCAGCGUCAUUGCAGCCACUACAGGAACUGAGAUGUUUCUUGACAAGGAGAAAGCCACAGUCAGUGUGAUAUGUACAGACAGCACUGAAGCAGAUGACUCAAAAUCUGAAAAGAAAGUCAAACUUCCUCUGGGCAAAGUGCUCUCAAAAAGUUAUUCCCAAAGCUCUAUGAAUGUCAGCAUGAGCAGUAAAAGAUCUUCCAUCUUGAACACGAUACAGAAGGAGCCCAAACAGUAUAGAACGUUACCCUUGAGAAAACUAGAUGCCAGCAACUGGAAAUGCCACGGUCCCUUUAGCUAUUGUUUCCUAAAGACGGGAGAUGCUGAAGAUGCUGAAGAUGAAUUUGAACAUAGAGACAACACCCAGCUCUCGUGCCGCCAUCAUCUGGAAACACAGCACACUGUAGCAGAACUUUCUAUUCAGUCUUCAUCUGCUGAAUGUGAAACAGAAGACAUAGAGGUCCCUGGAAGUGGAGAAAAGAGUCCAUACAAAAAGAGCAGACUUCAAGUGGAGGAUGGGAAAGACGAUGUGAAUCUCAGUGAGAUGUCUUUUGAUGCACGAAUUGCAAGACUCAGUGUAAUGAAGGAGAAGAAUUAUACAGUGCCUGACGGAUUUCUUGCAGCACAAAAGGAUGCCAAUGAGCUACUCUGUUUGGUCCGAUCCAGUGUAGGAAAGAGGGAGGAUCAUCCAGAAACAUAUGACCUUAAACUUUCUCAGUACAAACAACUGUUGUCUGUAGAAUCAAGACAGUUGGGAAGUGCCUGCAGGAAAAUGGCCAUGGCUGAAAUAAGCCCUGAGGAAAUGCUUCUAGCUAUGACUUCUAGCUUUCAAGUACUCUGUUGCUUAACAGAAGCCUGCAUGCGUUUAAUUAAAAUCAUGAACUCUGAAACACAGCAGGAGGAAAUUGUAGCUAAAAUAGAUGAGGUUUUAAUAAACUACAUUUGUCUUCUAAAGGCUGCAGAAGCAGUGUCUGGCAAGUCCUCCAGUGACACUAGCAUUAAACUCUUGGCUCGUCAUUCGACUACCAUGGCCACUAUUGUAAGCACACUAACACGUUCUCUUAAAAUGCUUUUAAAUAAAUAAACAGAAGUCACUUCAUAAUUUACCUUUGCAAAGCCAUACAUUUAAAAAGGAAAACCUUUUAUUUACUUGUAUGUGUUACGAACUAAUGUUAACAAAUACAACUCUCUCUCUGUGUAUAUUUUGUUAUUUUAUAUAAAAUAGGAAUGAGACUUUUAAAAAAAAUCUAUAAAACUGACAAAUGUCUGGCCAGUUCUAUCUUCUGUUUUCUUUAUUUGAGAGAGAAAGUGAGAGAGAGAGAGAGAGAGAGAGAGAGAGAUUGAGACUGUACAAGAGCAUUUGGACAUUUGACUUUUUCAUAGUCAAAACUCUACAAGGGUAUGGUUUUAAAGACUGAAGUGCAACAGAAAUUACAUUCUUUUCUUUUCCAGGUUUAUACUUGGAAACUAUAUAAUUCAUGCUUAGAAGAACUAAGAAAUGAAAUAAUUGUGUAUAUAACAAUAUUUAAUGUUUGAAUUAUAAUUUUAAUAGCAAAAAUACAUUUUAAACCCCAGAGACUAUUAUAA